UGGACCUCGACUUCAGUCUGGAGGUUGAGACCGUGAGGGAGAGGUGCGAGCCCGGCGACUAUCCAACUACAACUGGCUUUACCCUAUAAGGAUAACAACCACAGCACUACAAGCAGGAUAUCGCUUUUCCCUGUGAGAAAUUGUCAAGUUAUUGUUGGAGAUUGGAGGUCACUUCAAUGGAAUUACCCAGAGCCCUGGUGUCUUGAAUGCAACAUCACCAUAUCCAACUCUUCCAGCUGUCGUUCUGCAGUGGCGGCACGCUGUGAGAGAGACUCCACUCUGCCGUGUCUCAGUGUACCUCAGACACUUGUCCUUGACAUCCAAAUGUUGUUCGGCGUUUGGCGUGGCAGCCGCCUUCUGUGAGUUAUGACGAUGGCUGCUCCGUUGACUCCUGAAAGAGGCUCCUUCUCUGCUUAGCAGUGAGCAGGUCACAUGAUGUAAUGAAGACGGGACGUCUGCUCUUCCAGGGGUCUGCCAACAGGAUAUGAGUAUUUUGAGUCCUGUGACGGAUAACAAAUCAAACGUUGCAGGGACUGUGGGAAGUCCGGAAGAGUACUCCAAAGCCAUGCAGUCGGAGGAGUUAUUUAGCAGGAAACUGAAGUCCUUAAAUGGUAGCAUGGGACCACCAGCUUCUAAUAUACAAGUCAAACCUGAAGGUCCAGGGAAGACAAAUGGCACGCCAGCCAUGCCUAAAAUGGGUGUUCGAGCUCGAGUAACAGAAUGGCCACCGAGGAAAGAUGGAUGGGAUGGACGGCCCUCGCCAAACUAUCAAAGUGUGAUACCAGUAUUCCAGAAUGGACAACAAGAACACACUGUGGAAAUUCUUGAGGAAGGAGAAUCCGUUUGUGUUGAGGUGGACUACUCAACAAAGUUUGCACUGAGCGACCUCCUCAGCCACUCACCUCUUAAAGGUCUCCAUCCGAUUCGUCAGCGCAGUAACAGUGACGUCACCAUAAGCGACAUAGACUCUGAGGAUAUUAUGGACGCUGUCAACCCAAACACUGGGGCUUCACUACACCGAGAAUAUGGAAGCACGUCUUCCAUCGACCGCCAAGGCCUCACCGGGGAUGGCUUCUUUACCUUGCUAAAGGGCUAUAGAGUAGACACCAUAGAUCAUCGCAGCAUACCGCCACUAGGCUUUCCUGAAUUGUUGCGCUGCGACGCUUCCCUGUCCCCUAGUUUGCAGACUGCAGCGCAGAUAGCCAGGGGGGAGAUUGUCCACAUUCCAGGAUACGACUACAUAGACAAUACUCUCCUCUACAGUCGGGAAAGGGAGAAGUCCUUUAUGAGGCGCCUCAAGUCAGAAUCAUCAGAACCUUCACUCUUCAGGAAAUUGCGGACCAUAAAAAGUGAAAGUGAUGCCUUGCGGCUCUCUAUGGAAGAGGACCGGCGACCCCUUAGUUUCCAGAAAUGCUUUGCCCAUUAUGAUGUACAGAGCGUUCUCUUUAACAUCAGUGAGGCGGUAGCUAGUAGAGCGAACCUAGGCCAGAGGAAGAACAUAACUACUGGGGCAUCUGCUGCCUCUGCUGGACCUGGUCAAGUGGGGCUGUGCGGGAUUGGGCCAGGGCCUGGACUCGGACCUAUAGCAAGUCCAGACAUUGGAGCAGGCGGUUGCAGCAAUGUAAAUGUCCCCAUGUUUGAGUCUCCCCUUGGCAGCAGAGAGGACUUGAACCCAAAAGAGAACUUGGAUGCAGAUGAUGGGGACGGGAAAAGCAACAGCUUGGUUUUGGGCUGUCCACACUUUCGCAAUGAGAUCGGUGGUGAGGGUGAACGAAAGCUCUCCCUCUCCAGAGCCAAUAGUGCCAACUACACUGGGGUGUCAGAGAGCUGUUCUUUCGAGUCAUCUCUCAGCUCUCAUUGCACCAACGCAGGAGUGUCUGUGUUGGAGGUGCCACGAGAAAGCCAGCCCAUCCACCGUGAGAAAGUCAAGCGCUACAUCAUCGAACACAUUGACCUUGGAGCCUACUACUACCACAAGUUCUUUUAUGGGAAAGAACAUCAAAAUUAUUUCGGGGUGGACGAAAAUCUUGGGCCCGUGGCAGUCAGUGUCCGCAGGGAGAGACUGGAUGAAGGAAAAGAGAAGGAUGGAAUGCAAUACAACUAUCGUGUCACCUUCAGAACAAGCCAGCUGACCACACUCCGGGGUGCCAUUUUGGAAGAUGCCAUUCCGUCCACAGCAAGGCACGGCACCGCCCGUGGGUUGCCGCUGAAGGAAGUGCUGGAGUAUGUGAUCCCAGAGCUCAACAUCCAAUGUCUGAGACUUGCCAUUAACUCACCGAAAGUUCCUGAGCAGCUUCUUAAACUGGAUGAGCAAGGGUUAAGCUUCCAGCACAAGGUGGGUGUGCUUUACUGCAAGGCGGGCCAGAGCACAGAGGAGGAGAUGUACAAUAACGAGAGUGCUGGCCCGGCGCUGGAAGAGUUCUUGGAUCUGCUCGGCCAGCGCGUGCGCCUCAAAGGCUUCACCAAGUACAGAGCUCAGCUGGAUAACAAGACGGACUCCACCGGCACACACUCUCUCUAUACCACCUACAAGGACUACGAGUUGAUGUUCCAUGUGUCCACCAUGCUCCCCUACACGCCCAACAACAGACAACAGUUAUUAAGGAAGAGGCACAUCGGCAACGACAUCGUCACCAUUGUGUUCCAGGAGCCAGGGGCCCUUCCUUUCACUCCCAAAAACAUCCGCUCGCAUUUCCAACACGUGUUUGUCAUCGUCAAGGUGCACAACCCCUGCACUGAAAACGUCUGCUACAGCGUGGCUGUAUCCAGAUCUAAAGACGUGCCCCCCUUCGGUCCGCCCAUUCCCAAGUCUGUGACGUUCCCCAAAUCAGCAGUUUUCAGGGACUUCCUGCUUGCCAAGGUCAUUAACGGAGAAAACGCCGCGCACAAAUCUGAGAAGUUCCGCGCCAUGGCGACUCGCACACGGCAGGAGUACCUCAAGGACUUGGCGGAAAACUUUGUCAGCACUGCUACUGUCGACUCCACUGUCAAAUUCAGCUUCAUUACGCUCGGAGCCAAGAAGAAGGAGAAGGUGAAGCCGAGGAAGGACGCACAUCUGUUCAGUGUUGGAGCAAUCACUUGGAGUGUUCUGGCCCGGGACUUCGGCCAGUCCAUGGAUGUGGACUGCUUGCUCGGCAUAUCCAACGAGUUCAUUGUCCUCAUUGAGGAGGAAUCCAAAAACGUAGUCUUCAACUGUUCUUGUCGUGAUGUCAUCGGAUGGACCUCAGGGAUUAUGAGCAUUCGGAUCUUCUACGAACGCGGGGAGUGUGUGAUGCUGUCGGCCCAUGACAACUGCGGAGAGGACAUCCGGGAGAUGGUGCAAAGAUUAGAGAUCACCACCAGAGGCUGCGAGACAUCAGAGAUGACCCUUCGUCGUAACGGGCUCGGCCAGCUCGGCUUCCACGUCAACUUUGAGGGCAUUGUUGCCGACGUGGAGCCGUUUGGCUUCGCCUGGAAAGCUGGACUGAGGCAGGGGAGUCGACUCGUGGAGAUCUGCAAGGUGGCCGUUGCUACUCUCACACAUGAGCAGAUGAUCGACCUGCUGCGCACCUCUGUGGCCGUCAAAGUGGUGAUCAUCCAGCCUCAUGAAGACGGAACCCCUCGAAGGGGCUGCUCUGAGCUCUACCGCAUACCCAUGGUGGAGUACAAAGUCGACAGCGAGGGCACGCCAUGUGAAUACAAGACGCCCUUCAGGAGAAACACCACCUGGCACCGGGUGCCCACGGCUGCUGCGCCACCUUUAUCCCGCGGGUCGCCCACUCAGGGCCCGGAUCGCCUGCAGUGCCAGCAGAUCCUGCAGCAGCACCAGGCAGCGAUCCCACGGAGCACAUCCUUUGAUAGGAAGCUGCCAGAUGGGUCCAGGACAAUGCAGGAUUUGGAGAAUCCUCAGGUCACCUCGUGUAACAAAGGAGACCAGCACUACCGCAGCUCGCCCAGCAACCAGUCGUCCUCCAGCGACCCGGGGCCGUGUGGCAGCAGCACCUGGCAACAGCCUGGAUAUGAUGGAUGUCCUUCUCCUAUCCUGCAUGAGCGCGUGGGAGACAUUCAAGGGGUGGACGUGGAGAUCCACAGAGAAAGAGAGCCCACUCUGGAGAGGACUCGAUCAGCAGAGGCCAAGUGGCACAUCCCGUCGACCAAAAUCCUGAACCCCCUGAAGCAAAGAGAAGGCAGCAAGGACUCCCCGAACAAGCUCUCGAGGACGGGUGACAAGAACUCCAGUCACUCGAGCAGCAACACACUCUCCAGCAACGCCUCCAGCAACAGUGACGACAAGCACUUUGGCUCCGGAGACUUGAUGGACCCCGAGAUGUUGGGUCUCACUUACAUCAAAGGGGCAUCCACGGACAGCGGCAUCGACACUAAUCCCUGCAUUCCGCCCGGGGCGAGGGUGCUGCUGCAGAGCCGCAUCGGGGAUCAGGGACAUGCCUGGGUAUCUGAACAUCACGAGGAUGGGGUGUCAGAGGAGGAUCAUGGGAAACUGUACCUGCCGCAAGGAUACGCGUCUGCCAUCAUGGCGUGCAGCGUGAAAGACGGCAGCAUCGGAGACUUGAGCGAGAUCUCGUCACACUCAAGUGGCUCACACCACUCUGGCAGUCCGCUGGCUCGCGGCGCCAGAUACUGUAUGUCAGCCGACUCCUCCAAGGUGUACACCAUCCCUCAGACCAACAGCUCAGGUCUCGGGCCAGAGCCGGAGCCUGAACAUGAGGCGGCUCCUGGUCCUAGCCCAGAGGCCUGUGGACAGACUCGCACUCAGCCGGUCGGCCAGCUCCAAGUGGGCAUGAAGACGACUCAUAAUGAUGAUGGUGACGAUGCCCACAGCCCGGAGGAGCCUCCCAACAUUUCAGAGUGUGGUGGAGCUGAGAGCUUGUUAGCUUUUCUUCUCAAUAUGCUGUCUGAGCGUUCAAGGCAGUUGUACGCACAGGAAGCCGCCUGCCGGCACCAAGCUGCAGAACAGGACGGCACUUCUCUGAAGAGACUUUCCAAAGAGGAGUAUGUUAAGAUGAUGCUGCCUGACAGUCCUCCAGGAGAUGACAGGAGUCGGAAGGUGGUGAUGGUGGGCGGUUUGUCUCCGCGGCGAUCCCUCUACAGAACUCUGUCGGACGAGAGCGUGUGCAGCAACCGCAAGGCCUCGUCGUACGCCAGCUCCCACAGCUCCAUGCUGGACCAGGCCUUGCCAAACGACAUCCUGUUCAGCACGACGCCACCGUACCACAGCACGCUACCACCGCGCAUGAUCCACAACCAGGGCGCGUCCAAUUUAAGGAAUGAGUUUUGGUUCUCUGACGGCUCCUUGGCGGACCGGUCCAAGUACGCCGACCCGGGCCUCAUGCCUCUCCCUGACACCGCCACAGGCCUGGACUGGUCUCACCUGGUGGAUGCGGCGAGAGCCUUUGAAGAUCAACGCGUGGCCUCGUUCUGCACCAUGACGGACAUGCAGCGGGCCGAGGCGCUGCAGAUUUCCAGGGAGCUGACCAGGCGGGUGGUGGAGGCGGAGGGAGCGGCACUUCAGGCAGACUCCCCGUCAACGUUGACCGGCAAAGUCAACCAGCUGGAGGUGAUUCUCCGGCAGCUGCAGCAUGACCUCAGAAAGGAGAAGGAGGACAAAGCGAUGCUCCAGGAGGAGGUGCAGCACCUGAGGCAGGACAACAUGCGACUCCAGGAGGAGAGCCAGACGGCGGCCGCGCAGCUCAGGAAGUUCACCGAGUGGUUCUUUCACUCCAUCGACAAGAAACCCUGAGAGACCAGUCCACCACUGAACUCCCUACUUAAGACUCCCUCAAGCCAAUUUAAAAGAGCGCAGCCCCGAGUGAUGUCCAGAUUUAGAGACUCUGUGUGGCCAAACUUGAAUCCCUGUUGUGGAACUUCUUUGUGGCGGAUCAGCGCAAGGCUGUUCUCCAUCCUUGCAGACUUCUGGAAGCGGGAGAGUGGUGUCGGCAGGGCCCCCGGGAUCUUCUUACAGUAGUGGAAUGUAAAGCUCAUUUACUGUAGUCAACAUGUAAUCUACCUACGUUUGUCAGUCUUCUGCACUGUAUGCUCAGCUGUACUGUAUCAUACCACACACACUUUCACGCAGCUGUUUCUGUGCCGGCCCUCACCAACGCAGGGAGUGAGGAAGAGGAGGAGGAGGAAUGUACUGGACUUGAUGAAGUGGUACAAACUGUUUCGUGGCAGUCGAGUGAAGCGCAGCGGGAGAAAAAAAAUGAAUGUAGCUCAACUGAAACCAUGUUUUCUGGACGUUUUCUAUCCUCACAAAAGGAAUCUCUCAUUUUGGUUUCUUCAGUGUCGUCACACAGCAGUAAGUUCGGUGUUUCAAGGUGCUUCUUUCCCCUCACACGUCUGUCAGUAGUUUCACUGUCACACUGUCCUAGCAAUAACAAAGUGGUAGAUGCAAAACUGUGGAUUUUUUUUUCUCGAUUAUUUCCUUUUUUUUUUUGUUUGUUUUUUUAGAAAAAGAGCAGUUAGCACAAACGUUCCUGUGGAGAAGUAUUCGACGAUGUAUUUAUAACGCAGGAAGGAGACCGUGCCUCAAACUCUCGGUUCUAAAUGGAUUGUUUCGCUGUGCUUUUUCGUAUAAACACAUGCCUUGUCUGUGGCUCACUGAUCAGAAGUGACGUGUAUGAACAUGUGUGAGUAGUUCGUCACAGCUAAGUGUGUUCUAAUGCAGUCGACCUUAGAGCCAGCGCCGGUGAACCACACUUACAAUGCCAAAUGUGUUUAUGUGUGUACAUAUCUGCCACAGAAGUGUCUUGUAUUUAACACUAUUAUUUAAGCUUAUUUAACCUAAAGUUGUUUAUUUUAUUAAGGGUAUUUGUUUUCUGCACUAAGGAGAGAUAAAGCUCUGUGUAUGUUGUAAAGUGUGUAGCUUGCCAGGGCAACAAAAAAAAAAGACAGACAAACUAUAUAUUUAAAUAUAUGAUGAUUUUGGAGAUUCCAACAUUUGGAUGCUGCUAGACAACAGUUUGCUGGUUUGUAUGCUUUUAAAAAUGUCUCUCUGUAUGUAAGCAGUCUCCUCGCAGGUGAGACUCUGGUUGCUUUUUAUUUGUUCUUUUUUUUUUAAAUAAAUGUAGUUGUAAAAAUAUGUUCU